AUGGCCAACGACCACGUUUUCUCUCAUCUGAGGACAAGACAAGACAAGGUUCCUGGCGGUGAGGACAAGGUUCCUGGCGGUGAGGACAAGGUUCCUGGCGGUGAGGACAAGGUUCCUGACGGUGAGGACAAGGUUCUUGACGGUGAGGACAAGGUUCCUGACGGUGAGGACAAGGUUCCUGGCGGUGAGGACAAGGGUCCUGGCUGUGAGGACAAGGUUACUGGCGGUGAGAACAAGGUUUCUGGCGGUGAGGACAAGGUUUCUGGCGGUGAGGACAAGGUUGCUGGUUGUGAGGAGAAAGUUCCUGGCGGUGAGGACAAGGUUCCUGGCAGUGAGGACCAGCUUACUGGCGUUGAGGAGCAGGUUCCUGGUGGUGAGGACAAGGUGCCUGGCGGUGAAGACAAGGUUCCUGGCGGUGAGGACAAGGUUCCUGACGGUGAGGACAAGGUUCCUGACGGUGAGGACAAGGUUCCUGACGGUGAGGACAAGGUUCCUGAUGGUGAGGACCAGGUUCCUGGCGGUGAGGACAAGGUUACUGGCAGUGAGGAAUGAGUUGCUGGCGGUGACGACAAGGUUCCUAGCAGUGAGGACAAGGUUCCUGGCAGUGAGGACAAGGUUCCUGACGGUGAGGACAAGGUUCUUGACGGUGAGGACAAGGUUCCUGACGGUGAGGACAAGGUUCCUGGCGGUGAGGACAAGGCUCUUGGCGGUGAGGACAAGGCUCCUGGCGGUGAGGACAAGGCUCCUGGCGGUGAGGACAAGGUUCCUGGCGGUGAGGACAAGGCUCUUGGCGGUGAGGACAAGGCUCCUGGCGGUGAGGACAAGGUUCCUGGCGGUGAGGACAAGGUUCCUGGCUGUGAGGACAAGGUUCUGGCGGUGAGGACAAGGCUCCUGGCGGUGAGCACAAGGUUCCUGGCGGUGAGGACGAGGUUCCUGGCGGUGAGGAAAGAGUUGCUGGCGGUGACGACAAGGUUCCUAGCAGUGAGGACAAGGUUCCUGGCAGUGAGGACAAGGUUGCUGGCGGUGAGGACCAGGUUCUUGGCGGUGAGGACAAGGUUACUGGUGGUGAGGACAAGCUUCCUGGCGGUGAGGACAAGGUUCCUGACGGUGAGGACAAUGUUCCUGGCGGUGAGGACAAGGUUCCUGGCGGUGAGGACAAGGUUCCUGGUGGUGAGGACAAGGUUCCUGGCAGUGAGGACAAGGUUCCUGAUGGUGAGGACAAGGUUCCAUUGAUCCAUUGA